UUUGAACUCUAUCAAUCUUCCCAAGUUCAAAACCCAAUCGGAUCUUCCAUUCGGCAAAAAACACCUGGAUCUACAGGGUCGGAGUAGGAUCAACUACCCCUAAUUUAUCAUUUCCCACUGCAGUCAUUUUAAGCGAUCAAAUUCUGGUGUCUAGCCAGGGCACUAUUUUCGAACUAAUAGAUUCAGUCUCCUGGCCAAAAUUAAAAGUCAAUCAUGUCCACUCUUUUCUUUUUGGCUCCUGUCUCUCUCUCUCCGGAGUCUCUUCUCUUUCUGGUCACUCUCUUUCCAGUCACUCGUUUACUGAUUAAAUAGCAUUUUCAUGAUGAGGAGAGCAGUCCUCCUCGCCGGAUUGGCCCGCGUGGCAAUGGCGCUGACCAUUCCUGCCAACACGGCGACGACCACCUAUACCAGCGUGGUCACCAGCGUGGUCACCAGCGUUAUCACCACCAGCGCACCCCAGACGACGACCAUGACUACUUGCUCUGUCAAUACCGCGGAUCCCACGACCUGCUCCGAUCUUUACUUUUCUUCGUUGGGUUAUUACUGGGAGAAUAUAUGCACCUCGGCUGCGUUGGUCGGCGGAAGUACACUUACAGUUCACGGUGCAUCUAAUCAGUAUCAAUGCUACGUUUACCUUCGGGUCCUCGGCUAUAGCGCCCUUGAAUAUGACGCCUCCGAAGAAAUAUGCUAUGUCGUGAAUGGCGCCUACACGCUGACAACGGGGGGGUCGGCGACGGGGGCUUUGGUCCGCUACACCUCCAACCCCUGCGUCAUCACAUCCACCUUAAUGACGACCGAGGUGCUCACCGAGACAUCGACUGCUGUAUACACGACGGUUUAUGUCUCGACCAUUACCCCUUCGUCGACCCCGACCCCUGUGGCAUCUUCAUCAACAUUAACAUCGUCGUCAGUCCUGGCUUCGUCAGCGAUCUCCAGCAGCAGCAGCAACAUUCCGCUCUCUUCCUCUUCAGCCUCGUCGGCCCGGGUAUCUCCUUCUCGUUUCCCUUCACGACCUUCUAGCAGUUCGCCUGCCUUUUCCUCUAGGCCAGUUCAGCGUUCCAGCUCAGUUGUCAUUCCCUCAGGAACACGGUCUGUUCCCUUCCCGGCACACUCCAUUCGGCCAUCAUCAGUUGCCUCUAGCAGCAGUCCUUUGUCUUCGACCACAACACUAUAUGUGACCAAAACAGUGAAAUCCACUACUACCAUCUGUACUUCCACCAACAGGCCGUCAUCUUUGGCAUCAAGUGGCUCCCCUCAGACAGCACAGUCCUCCUCAGCCUCAAUCGGCGCUGCUACCAACACGCAAUCAACCGGUGCUACAACUAACACUCAGUCAUCUUCGACGCCAACCGGCUCUACUACUCAGACAACACAAGGAUCCUCGGGAUCGGGUGCUACUACCAAUACGCAGUCAUCUUUGACAUCCAGCGGUGCUGCCACAAACACGCAGUCAUCUUCGACCUCAACUGGUUCUACCACUCAGCCAGCGCAGACAUCAUCAGCAUCAACCGGUAUCACCACUGCGACUACCAACCCUGGUUCACCUGGUGGUUAUACCACUUCCACUGUCCUUACUACUCGUACCGCCACUAUCACCGCUUGUCCAUCUUGGGUGACCGACUGCCCAGCAAGAUCGAAGACCACCUUCCUUACUACUGAGACGCUUGUUGUUUCCACUACCAUCUGCCCUCUCACAGAGACCACGCCGACUUACACACCAACAUUGACUGGCGCUGGUUACACUACAUCCACCAUCCUUACUACUCGUACUGCUACUAUCACAGCCUGCCCAUCUUCGGUGACCGACUGCCCGGCUAACUCCAAGACCACCUUCCUUACUACUGAGACUCUUGUGGUUUCUACCACUGUCUGUCCCCUCACAGAGACUACGCCGACUUACACACCAACGUCGUCAUCAUCAACUGGCGCUGGUUACACUACAUCCACUAUCCUAACCACUCGAACUGCUACUGUUACGGCCUGUCCAUCUUCAGCGACCAACUGCCCAGCAAAUUCAAAGACCACAUUCCUUACCACUGAAACUCUUGUGGUUGCCACCACCGUCUGCCCCCUCACGGAGACUAUGCCGACUUACACACCAACGUCUUCAUCAUCAACUGACGCUGGCUACACUACUUCUACUCUUUGGACCACUCGCACCGCCACCAUCACGGCCGCCAAGACCACCUAUGUGACGACCGAAACCCUCGUUUUGUCCACAACAGUAUGCCCUGUGACGGAAUUGUCCAGUGGUGGCAAGACUGGUCAGUCCGAGAGCACAUAUCUGACGACCGAGGCCCUCGCAGUUGCUGGUAUUUCUACCGCCGCCGCCGCCGCCACCACCGCUACCGUGACGGUUGAACACUGUGCAGAUGGACAGAACCGGUGCCCAGCCUCUCUGCGCGAAACAUACACCACCACCGUUGUUCUGGUCUCUGCGAUCCCUACUGCCUCUUCAGAGACAACCGCCACGGUCUCUCUUGCAACGGGUUCCACUCAGCUCCCCAGUACCAUCACUGGCCAUGGUUCUGCCCCCUCUCACCCUUACUCGGGAACACACGGGGACAACAGCACGGUCUCAAGUUCCAGCGGUGUCAGCGGCGUCAAUCCAACAACAUCCACCAACCGACUCUCUACAACCUCCAGCUCGGCAGUGGAUGCAGUCUACACCGGUGCAGCGUCCAAGAUGCACCACCAGCUAAUGGACCUGAUGGGAUUGAUGAUUAUGGGAAUGGCUACUUUUAUGCUCUUCUAAACCACUGUAUAUACAUACACCGAUAUUUUUUAAUUAAUUAUUAUCUAUUCUUUUCUCUAUUCAUACUUAAUCUCAGUA